GCGACAUACAAGAGCAAAUUAUUAUCUCGGCUGCGCCUCGAUAUAUAAUUACGCUCUUGUAUGCCGCAUACAGUGGACAACUCGUGUUGUAACUAGUACAUGUUGGAUGUUUCGUUCAUGCACAUUAAAAAUGCGUGUAUUAAAAAUAGCACUCCGAACUCCCUAAUUGAUGUGGCAUCGCCGUGUAGCGUAUCGGACGCGCCGUUAGAAGAGGUAGCCAUCGGGUCACUUCCUAAACCUAAGAUAUGAGGGUAAAGUUAGACAACGACACUAUAACUUCACCUCGUGAAAGCGACCCAGGUGCAAACCCAGACACAACGCAUAUGAGACACCGAAAAAAAAGAGACACGGUUACUGUCAAUGAUCAUUAAACUCAGCUCAAAAUCACGUGGCAAUCUGAUGUAUCCUGUUUUCUUGACAAAUAAGGUUGCCUCCCCUACAGCAGUAAUCGAGUAGAGCAAAGAACUGGCCGGACCCAACUACUAAGUAAAAACCAGAUCUACACAGAAAGUAUGGCAGAUGGAAACGUUACUUUGCUUUUGAAAAGAGUGGAAACUGCUGAAACGUCACUCAAGUCACUGAAAGAUAAUGCGGAUGUCUUCUUUGUUCUGAUCAUGGCAAUCGUCAUAUUUUUCAUGCAAGCUGGUUUCGCCUUCCUAGAAUGUGGUUCCGUUAGAAGCAAGAACACCACCAAUAUUCUCAUCAAGAACAUGCUAGAUUGUUUUAUCUCUGGCAUUGCUUACUGGGGCGUAGGGUACGCACUUGCAUUUGGAGAGCCAGAUAAUUUCUUCCUGGGGACCCGCUAUUGGUUCAGUGAGAACAUGCCCGGCGACAUGCACUUUCAUUUUUGGUUUUUCCAUUUUGUGUUUGCUGCCACCGCUGCCACCAUUGUGUCCGGCGCUAUGGCGGAGCGGUGUGAAUUCAUUGCGUAUUUUGCGUAUAGUUUUGUUAUAACUGGAGUCGUGUAUCCAAUCGUCACACACUGGGCGUGGUCUUCAAGUGGUUGGCUGGCUGUUGGCAUAGAUGGUAUCGCUUACAAGGAUUUUGCAGGCAGUGGGGUGGUCCAUCUGCUAGGAGGCACAGCAGCGCUGGUCGGUGCUAUUUUAUUGGGACCGAGGAUAGGAAGAUUUGACUCGAUUGAUGGGAAACCCAACGAUAUCCCCGGGCACAGUGUUCCGCUUGCCGCCCUGGGCGGAUUCAUACUGAUGUUUGGUUUCUUCGCCUUCAAUGGUGGUUCCCAAGCCAGUAUCUCGCAGCCCGGGGACGGGGCUGCUGUAGCACGAGCUAUGAUGAACACCGUUAUUUGUGGGAGCUUUGCAGCCUUUACAUCCAUGAUUCUGAAGAAAUGCGGACUCGCAUGUAUCAAUUGCUCAUGUGGACAUCCAUCGAACUGGAGUCUCCUGGUUACAAUCAACGGCGCCCUCACAGGCAUGGUUGCCGCCUGUGCAGGCUGUGACGUGUUAAUGCCGUGGGGAGCGUGCAUUGUUGGCGUUAUUGCAGGGAUCACUUACUUAUUCUGGAGCUGGGCUGUCCAGGCCAUGAAAAUAGACGAUCCCCUGGACGCAGUGGCAGUGCAUGGCGGAGGGGGUCUCUGGGGUCUGAUAGCCGUGCCAAUUUUUAAAAUGAAUGAUGGCAUCAUCUUCGAUCCUUCCAAUGUGACAGCCUGGAAGUCGUUAGGAGUCAAUAUGGUCGGGGCAGUAGCCAUUGUCGGAUGGACGGCAGUGAUCUGCCUUGUCCUCUUCGGGAUACUGAAGCUGUGUAAAGUGUUGCGGGUAAAUGAGGACAUUGAAAUCAAAGGACUAGAUAUUCCCAAGCAUGGUGAACCCGCCUAUCCAUCCGAGGCGUGGGGCGAUGGUUGGAACUCAGGGCACUUGACCAUGCACGGGCACGUGGCAAUGAACAGUGACAGUAAGGCGAUAAAUAUGUCAGAUCUUGAACCUGUUGUAGUCCCCAAGGGCUAUGUGAAGUCGCCAGAAAGAUACCAGUACCAUGGCGAAAUGAACAAUGGUCAGCUGACAAACCGUGCAGUCUUCAUUGCCAAACAACCCGGCCAGGAAUAUGACAACGCGGCGUAUACUCAUGAAAACACGCAUUUUUAGGCAAUACGUGAAAUAACCUUCGCAUGGAUUGUGACGCAAAAAAUGUAGAAAGAAGGGGCCUUGCAUUAUUAAUGCAUUUGUUUAAUAGAAAAAUAUCAGCAAGAUGGUAAAUUUGGUCUACCAUUCUUUACUUCAGGAUUAGGUCAACCCCUUAAUUUUAAGGACAAGUUAAACUCAAGAAUAAUGUUACCCGAUAUUAAAGCAAACUAGGAAGUGAUAGUUCGACUGUUUCAUUUCAUUUCAUUGUCAUCCUGAGGUACAAAUAAUGAACAAUCUCUAAAAUAACUUACGAACUUACGUGGAUUUGGGAUCAAAGCUUUAGUUGACGAGACGCUAAGAGUGGUUAUUUUUUGCACAAUUUCAGAGUUAAUCUAUAUUUGGUUUGAUGUAAUAUGAUGAAAGAUCAUGAUUUUACAUUGUAGUUUUAUUUUCAGAUGGCAUUUAAGAUAUUAUAUUCUUGUUCUCCAUAUUCCAGAUAAACACUCAUUAUAUCAUUAAACAUUUUAGACUUAUUGAUCAUUUUUAUAUAAUAUUAUACGUGAAAUGUAACAGUCGUCACAACAAAAUAAAAAGAGUUAUACAAAGAAUAGUGCGAC